AUGAAUUCAGUAAACACUCCCGUACGCAAUACAAAACACGUAACUGGUGACAGCCGGGGCAACGACAUGACAGUGAACCUACACCACGUUAUAGAAGUACUGUCUGUCAUUUUGGGAUCUCAUAUCUUUCAUGCGAUGCACUUGAAUGCGAUGAGCGUCUUGAAGAUCAUUCUUCUCUUUAAGGACUUUGACCACCAAAACUUGCCUGAUUUAAUCUAUACUGCUUUGAUUCUAAUCCAUAAAUUGAGAAGAAAUAAUGCCCACCGAUUCAAUAAAUAUAUCAAUACUCCCCUAAGCAUCAUAACAUCCUCAUUGAGAUACUAUUCCUCCCAUGAAGAUUCACCAAAAGCCCAAAGGGCUUCCAAUGUUGUGUGGAGUCUAGUUGUAUCAUCAGUAAUCCCAUUUCUCAAGGAGAUAUAUGCAAAGAAAUAUGAUGAACAUGUUGUAUUGAAUCAGUUAAACUGUCUCUUGGCUGCAUAUGAUUGUUUGGAUAAAUCCAAAAAGAUCACUCUAUCCAAUCUCCUGGCCACUAAUGGAUAUCUCAGCCUUUUGCCUGAAUUCAAUCUUUUGACUCAGUAA